AUGCCGAAGCCUGCGCGCGCUGAGAUCAGCGCGCCCAGGCUCCGCGGACCUCUCCGCGAGCAGCGGCAGCGCUGCCGCUGCUUGCGGAGAGUUGCCGGCAUGCCGAAGCCUGCGCGCGCUGAGAUCAGCGCGCCCAGGCUUCGCGGACCUCUCCGCGAGCAGCGGCAGCGCUGCCGCUGCUUGCGGAGAGUUGCCGGCAUGCCGAAGCCUGCGCGCGCUGAGAUCAGCGCGCCCAGGCUCGCGGACCUCUCCGCGAGCAGCGGCUAG